CAAACAUUAAGGCGCUCAUCCGCGACCUUGUGAUGCUCUUCUGCUCUCGCGCGACGCUCUUGCCGGCUCUCUGCCUUCUGCAAAUCUCCGGGUGCCCCGCCAGCCCGACCUAGCUCUUGGUCCAGCACCACACACACCACACCCGCACCCGCUCCUGCACUCGUCGCGCCCGACCCCAUCGGCCUCGGCCUCGCUGCCCGAUGCUGGAGUUCUGAGACUGCCUCCCAGCACCCAGACACCCUCUUUCAUGAAUCACAGCGCGUCCUCGACGGCCUCUGCAAAUGCUGCCCCGCCCCAGCCGAAGCCGAUCCGCUUCGUGACGAACCACGACGGACCGUAUGCGAAGCGCAGGAGGAUCAACUCGGCUUGCUUGACAUGUCGAAAGAAGAAGACGCGCUGCUCGGGAGAGCGGCCCGUAUGCGGCACCUGCACGCAGAACAAGCACGAGUGCGCCGGCUACGGCAACGAGACCGACACUCACACGUCCAACAGCCCGACCGAGGCCGGCAGAGAAAAGAAGGCAACCAGCCAGCAGCGCCGCGAGAGCAAUGCCGGGACCGCCUCCAGCCCGCCUGCGCGAAAGCUGAAGCAGGAAGCAGCUCCCCCGCCAUCACAACGACCGCCCCUGCCGCACACAGCGUCGACGGAGUCGCAGGACCGCGCGAGACAUGGCGGGGCAGCUGCGUCUGGAGAGCAUCACAGCCUCAGUCUCAGCACCCGCAAUCGUAUGCCCUACUUCAGGUACUUCGGCCCGACCGCCAUCAUGCCCGGCUUCAAGCAGAUGGUCGUCAAGGUUCGCGGCAAGCAACACGGCACCGGCCACACGUCGUCCGAUCCCCUUGAGUCCUCGCCUGGCCAACCCCCUUCGGUCGGCCAGCUGUCUCCGCCACUCCAUGAGGCUCGCACCCCCGCUGAAAUCCCCGUCUAUGACACCUCCGCCAUGUCCCCGAGCCCCUUAAUCACCCACCUCUGUAAGCUCUUCUUCGUCCAUCUCGGUUGCAACUUCCCCUUUCUGCAAAAAGAGCGCUUCAUGCGCGAUCUGGAGGAAAAGCAAGUCGACGCUAUAUUGGUCGACGCUGUGUGCGCGUUAGCGGCGCGCUUUUCCACUCAUCCGAUGUUAACCGGCACCCCUGAACCCCAGAAAGAUGGGGGGAAUGAGGCGAGUAUACAGCCGUCCGAGUUCGGCCAAGCAUUUGCCCAACGCGCCAAAUCGGCCAUUCCCGACACUUUCCCUUGCCCGAGCGUUGCCGUCGUCCAGGCGGCACUGCUCCUGGCGUACGAUGAGUUCGGGGCGAGCCGCGACAGUGGAUUGUGGAUGUACCUUGGGAUAUCGAUUCGGAUGGCCCAGGAUCUCGGCAUGCAAACGCUGGAGGGGCUCAAGUACGAAGGCCGCGAGGGCCCGACACCCAAGUCAGUGAAGACAGACCCGAAUGGGGGGUCCGAGGCUGCGGCGAAGAUUCCUGAGCCACAGCGUCGAAAAAGCCUCGAUCCUUCGGUCGAGGAGCAACGGGCAGUGGAGCGUGAGAGACUGGAUACCUUUUGGUCCAUCUUCUUCCUCGACCGCGUCAUUUCGUCGGGCACUGGACGCCCUGUCACCCUGCGCGACAGAGACAUUGAGAUCUCGUUUCCCUCUCUGAACGACGUCGACCCAGCUUCUGGGUGGCCGCUGCCUUUCCCCGCACUGAUACGAAUCGUGCAUCUGUACGGCAGAGUCACAGACUUGCUCAACAGCAUCAAAGAAAAGGUGCACAUUACGGACGACCUCCGAAAGCAGCUGGACACGCUCGAGUACCACCUAACCGAGAUCUACCAAAAUCUGUCGCCCCGGCUCCAUUUCAACGCCGUCAACUUCCAGCACUACGUCAAGAUCAACCAGGGGACCAAUUUCCUACUGCUGCACUGUUGGUUCCAUACGCUGAUUGUAUUGCUCCACCAGCCUACUCUACUGAAGACGUUUGAAGGCAGUAUUCAGCCUCUUUCAAGCAACAGUCGUGAGCUAUCAAUGUCUUCUGCGAAAACCGUUGCAGAUAUCUUGGCAUUCACCGACCUUAUCGAUGCGAAGACAGGGGUUGGGAAUCCUUUUACGAGCCAACCCAUCUACAUUGCUGCAUGUGCAUUUCUAAAAGAGACUGCUUUGCAUUCUGCAUCGUCCAAUCCCCAUUCCCGUCCGUCUACGCCAGGUUCCAUUCUCGACCAUGGACCAAUGGAAGCUGAGAGUACGUUUCUAGAUCACAUGAAAUUCCCCUUUGAGAAGCACCCAACUCCGCCCAACGGCGAACGGUCCAGUCACACGCAAGAUCACGAUCAAAAGCAAGCCGCCAAGCACACAUUGCUUGCUUCAGCCGCCAACCAGAAUUAUCAGCGCUGUUACCGAGCCUUACAGUCACUAGAAACGUAUUGGGCGGGGGUGAAAUAUAUCUUGACCGUGCUAGAUCAGAAAGCCAAAGGGGUUGGGGAUCCUUUGCUCUACACCAGAGAAGAGAUGGAGAGUGCCCUGGAGUUGCCCAAGCCCGAGCCUUCAUUUACGAGCCCUGGAUGGCGGCGGAAACUGAGUUGGGGGACGUACCUGACUGCACAGAAUUUUGGUGACGCCAUGAAUGCUGCCAAGGUGCCUGCAGCGCUCCGAAACAAAGGCUCUCACACGCCCACGAUACCAGGAUCACCCAUGGUGCAUCCAAGUCAAGCAAUCGGGUGGUCGCUCACAGGCACUAUGAAUUCGCCCUCGACUAGCGUUGCAGUCAUGUAUACCCCCGAUAACGGCCACACCCGUGAAAGUAAGCCUUCGAACUCAAACCAUGUAGUCGACGGUGCCCAGCCAUCUAUCGCCUCUAUUCUGUCGAAGCCUCCAACGAACGGCCCUCCGGCGAACCCGCGCAUCAAAUACGAAUCUUCCCAAACGAUGCCCUCGUCGUCCACCUUCCCUAUGCCAAGUUCCCAGCAGUUCAACCCCACAUCGAUGCCACCGCCGAGCAAUACAUUCCACAACGUCCACACUCCCGAUCCAGUCCUAGUUUCCGAUGCCGACCUUCUCCUGAAUUUGCACUCUCCCUUCUCCGCAGGCUCGCCAAAUACAUCUCGACUCCCCAACAUACCCUUUACGACCCACCGCGGCUCCACCUCAGUGCCUACAAACCAGCCCCCAAACGCAAACCAAGACUUCUCACCGGGAGCAUUUGGACAAUAUCCAACACCUUCGGACGGGACGAACUCUGGUGUCAAUUUCAUCGGAGACAUGAUGAUUGAGAGCCAGGAAAUUGAUAUGUCGGCGUUGGCAAGUGAGAUGAUGCCGUGGGAUCUGGAAUAUAUGCCACAUGAUAUACUGCCCUUCUAUGACAAUGGUGGAGGGUUCGUCGGAGACCCAGGAUCUGGACCUGGACAGUGAUGGUAGAUUUGCAUCA